AGAGGACAAUUAGGAAACUGGACCUUGAAAUAAAAAAACUUGAGAGGGAGGUGAGAUAUGCCUUCAAUGUACACUGUAUGCUAACUGUAACACAAAUGUAUUAAUCAUUAUUUUUCUUUCCUCCCCCAGCUCCAAGAAGAUGACACAGCUCAAAAAAUAAAAAUUAGGUAUAUUCUCGUAAAGUCAAGUGAGCCAUGACAUAUGAGCUCUUAUUGUGAGCACACAGGACGGAGGCAUCUUUCUAAGCACCAGGUGUGGCCACUAGCCUAUAUGAAGGCCCAAAAUUGUGUGUUCCUUUCUGCUCUGACAAUGGCAUGCCCAUUCUUGCGAGAUGUGGUGGAUGAAGAAGCACUUGUGCUGAGGAGAGCCUUCAGGCGAGAAAGGGUCUUCAGGGACCGGUUGGACCCACUGGCCUUCCCUGAUGACCAUCUAUAUGAAAGAUACAGGUUUUCUGCAGAUGGCAUCCGGUAUCUAUGCAGACUACUGGGUCCCAGGAUUAAGCACCGCACUGCACGGAGCCAUGCACUGAGUGUGGAGCAAAUGGUUUGUGUGGCCUUGCGCUUUUUUGCUAGUGGAGCAUUCCUGUACUCAGUGGGGGAUGCAGAACAGCUGAACAAGGCCACAAUUUGCCGCACAAUAAGGAGUGUGUGUCUGGCUAUCAAAGCAUUAGCAGAUGUCUUCAUCUCCUUCCCUGGCCACAGAAGGCUCUGUGACAUGAAAGAGGAGUUCUAUAGGAUUGCAGGUUUCCCCAAUGUCAUUGGUGCAGUGGACUGCACACACAUAAGGAUAAAAGCCCCCUCAGGUGCCCAUGAGGCCGAUUUUGUGAAUAGGAAAUCCUUUCACAGCAUUAAUGUUCAGAUGGUCUGCAAUGCUGACUGUGUGAUCAGCAAUGUUGUGGCAAAAUGGCCUGGCUCAGUCCAUGACUCCAGAAUCUUUCGGGCCUCUGAAAUCUAUCAGUGCCUAUCACAAGGUGAAUUCUCUGGUGUGUUGCUGGGAGACAGGGGGUAUGGCUGCCAGCCUUUUCUCCUGACACCUUUCACAGACCCCCAGGAAGCACAGCAGGCCUACAACCAUGCCCAUGCCAGGACCAGGGCCAGAGUUGAAAUGACCUUUGGCCUCCUGAAGGCACGCUUUCACUGCCUUCACAAAUUAAGGGUCAACCCUGUUAGGGCAUGUGAUAUUACUGUGGCUUGUGCUGUCCUCCACAAUGUGGCCUGCCUGAGGAAGGAGAGGGCCCCCAGAGUGCCACCAGCCAUGGACUGGGACAAUCCGGCAAUCUUCCCUGAUGACGACAGUGGUCGGCUGCUGAGGGACCAAUAUGUGUUGAAUUAUUUUAGUUAGUAUGUGUGCUUUCAAUUUAGGUAAAAAAUGUCCUGCUGUGGCAGAGGAAAUAGGGUUUUUUUGGGUUGGUUUUUUUUUACGAAUUUGGCCUCUUAUGAUGUUUGUGCGGUAUACUGUGUGUAAUACAAGGCUGCAGGGAGGCUACUGCAUCCAUUCAUUUGUCUGUUCAGUUGAUGUGUAUCGAUUUGUCCUGCAUUUAUUUUAGUGUGCAGACAUUCAGGGUGUGUUAUAUACAGACCUUUUGAAUGUGUAUGUAUCAUUUUGUAUAAUAUGCUUUGAUUCUGUGCUUUCCAUCUUGUAGAGUCACUGUGACUUCAGUUUCGAAAGGAGCUGAUAGUUUACCUGCUUUUUGUCCUUAUUCAAUAAAGGAACAUAAUGUUA